GAUUUCCCUGGACGCCGUGAGUGGAGCCGUGGGGUUGGGCGAUAAACAGGCUGUGGCCGGAGGAGGGGGAGGGGGCGUUUGCUCCGCCCGGAGUUCUCACGCCUCCUUAUCCCGUUAGGUGUGGUUUGGUUCGAACCCGGGGCCCCCGGAGCCGGCUUGAGCCUGCUCCCUUGUGAAGGGGGAAAGUAGCCCCGCGGAAAGCUGUUAAAGUUGCGAAGGGGGUGCGAGAAGAGAGUUCUCCACCCAUGCCCGCCGAAUGGUACGGCCCUGAGCUGGUCCCGGAGCUGGUCCGGGAGCUGGCCCGACGUGUCUGAGAGAGGCCCCGGCGGGGGCGGGGAGGUGGCCCACAGAACGCGAGUUCUGUGUAGAGACGUGGGAAGAUUCGAUUUCGAGAAGAGGAAGAGCUCGAUUGAAAGGGAGCGAGGGCGCUGAGGUGGGGGGCUACCAAGAUGGCGACGGCCUCCUCUGGGCCGUCGACGAUCGGAUUUUCAUCCGUGGAUUCCGGGGUCUCUUCCUGCACCUCGUCCUCAGGUUUCAACUUUCUGUGCUGUGGGGUCAGCCGUAAGAGAGCCAUGCUGUCAAAUGAGGCCCUGUGACUGUACUGGUUAAAUAGAUCAAGAACAGAGUUAUAUUUCCCAGCGAAAAUAUUAACACUUGAGGUAGAAAAGGGGCUAAACCAGAAUGGCAUAAGGACUCUGUGAAGGUGACGGCGGAAGAGGAAGGGGUAUUUAAAAUCCCUACGAAUCUGGGAUCACUGAGCAAGAGCCUCUGGAAUCAAGAGAUCCAUGGCAUCUGAGGUGCCUUAUGCAUCUGGCAUGCUCAUCAAGAAAAUAGGCCACCGAGGUGUUGAUUCUUCGGGAGAGACAACUUAUAAAAAGACAACUUCAUCAGCCUUGAAAGGUGCCAUCCAGUUAGGCAUUACUCACACUGUGGGAAGCCUGAGUACCAAACCAGAGCGAGAUGUCCUCAUGCAAGAUUUCUACGUGGUGGAGAGUAUCUUCUUCCCCAGCGAAGGGAGCAACCUGACCCCUGCUCAUCACUACAAUGACUUUCGUUUCAAGACGUAUGCACCCGUUGCCUUCCGCUACUUUCGGGAGUUAUUUGGCAUUCGGCCUGAUGACUACUUGUACUCUCUUUGCAGUGAGCCACUGAUUGAACUCUGCAGCUCUGGGGCUAGUGGCUCCCUUUUCUACGUGUCCAGUGAUGAUGAAUUCAUCAUUAAGACGGUCCAGCAUAAAGAAGCGGAGUUUCUGCAGAAGCUGCUUCCAGGAUACUACAUGAACCUCAACCAGAACCCUCGGACUUUGCUGCCUAAAUUCUAUGGACUGUACUGUGUGCAGGCCGGUGGUAAGAACAUUCGAAUUGUGGUGAUGAACAAUCUCUUACCACGGUCGGUCAAGAUGCAUGUCAAAUAUGACCUUAAGGGCUCAACGUACAAACGGCGGGCUUCGCAAAAAGAGCGAGAGAAGCCUCUCCCCACCUUUAAAGACCUGGACUUCUUACAAGAUAUUCCUGAUGGUCUUUUUUUGGAUGCUGACAUGUACAAUGCUCUAUGUAAGACCCUACAGCGUGAUUGUUUGGUGCUGCAGAGCUUCAAGAUAAUGGACUACAGCCUUUUGAUGUCAGUCCACAACAUAGAUCAUGCACAGCGAGAGCACUUAGGCAGUGAAACACAACACUCAGUGGACACUCGCAGACCAGCCCCCCAAAAGGCGCUCUAUUCCACAGCCAUGGAAUCUAUCCAGGGCGAGGCUCGACGGGGUGGCACAAUGGAAACUGAUGACCACAUGGGUGGCAUCCCUGCCCGGAAUAGUAAAGGAGAAAGGUUGCUGCUCUAUAUUGGCAUCAUUGACAUUCUGCAGUCUUACAGGUUUAUUAAAAAGUUAGAGCACUCUUGGAAAGCUCUGGUACAUGAUGGGGACACUGUAUCAGUGCAUCGCCCAGGCUUCUAUGCUGAACGGUUCCAGCGCUUCAUGUGCAACACUGUGUUCAAGAAGAUCCCCUUGAAGCCCUCUCCUUCCAAAAAGUUUCGGUCUGGCGCAUCUUUCUCUCGGCGAGCAGGCUCCAGCAGCAACUCCAACUGCCAGCCGACAGUCUCUGGGGAGCACAAGGCACAAGUGACAACAAAGGCGGAAGUGGAGCCAGGUGUCCACCUUGGUCGCCCUGAUGUUUUACCUCAGACUCCACCUCUGGAGGAAACCAGUGAGGACUCCCUUAUUUCUGAUCCCAACGUCACACCUGUAGUUGGAGAGGGUUUGCAAAUGCUAACUACAAGUGAGCAUAAAACCUCAGAAGACCUAGAACAAGAUUCUACCAUCUCUGUGAUUCCAAGGUGUCAGCCUUUGCCCCAGCAAUGCUGAGUUAACUUCUUCUCGGUCAUCAAAAAAGGAGUGUAAUGGAGGCUAAGGGAGCUCUCUGUCUCCUUCCUGAAGAACUUCCUCUCCUUCCCCUUCCUCAUAAAUGGGCAUUAGUGCCUUGGACAGUUGAGGACGGCCGCUUCCCCUCCACACCAGAGUUGGUUGGAACAAAUUUCCAACCCGCUAACCUUGGCUUCUACAAUUGAAUUUUUUCAAACUCCCCUUCUUCGGACUGGAAGUGGAGUUGCUGGACGUGGUGGUUUUCUUCCCCAUCAUCUACCUUUCACCAGGAGCUGGACUCUGAAUUUCCUCAGGACAGACUGGCUGGCACAUUAUCCCUACCUUAGUUCUUUCUCUCUGAUCCCUUCAAGAAGACAACCGUUAUAAAGGUUUUUGGUAGUGUAAGGGUAUUUAACCACCUCCAAACCUUUAUUUCUAAUUUUUUUUUCUUUAAAAAAAAGAAAAGAAAACAGUGCACAACACACAGCUUCAAGCCAGACAGUUUCAGAUCAGAACUUUGAAAGUGUCAGAGAGAUGCCUAUUCAUAGGCUUCCCUCAGAAGAGCCCUGGUGUUUGUGAAGCAGAAGUUUGGUGUUCGCUCUGCCAGGAGCAGCUCCUCCUUAACGCCUCUCUUGAUGAAUUUCUUAAGGCUGAAGGAAUGGAGAGAGUGGGACAUGGGGUAA